GGUGUAAGCGAAGCCUGAGGCUGGCUCCAUAAAUUGUCACUCCUGCUCUCCUCACUCCCUCGGUUGUGCUCAUUACAUAUAUAGCACGGAAAGACUAGCCGCCACACCCUCACUACGUCUUCCUCAUCAUCACUACCAAGCUCCCACUCCCCUGCCCUGCCUGCCUGCCUGCCUGCUUGCCCGGUCUUUACCCCUCAGCUUGUCUGCCUGCUUGGUUCGUUGUUGUUGUUGUUGUUGUUGUAUCAUCAGUGGCAGUCUCAGCUUUAAGCGGCAGAGUUUUGGUCAUCUCUCUUCCUUUUUCUGGCAAUGCAAAGUUAAGCUACCACGAAGAACUUUCAGCGGCGAGGCACUACACCUCGUAUCACCCGAGCAUUUUUUAAAGCAUUGUUAGAUUUGUGUCUGGAGCCACCUGUUGAGGGUGGAAAAGGGAAACGUGUCUGCAAGAUUGUAGAUUUUUGGUCAUCGUAGGUGAAGGUAAAAUCAGUACUGAGUACUUCAGCGACGUGAGGUGGUCCAGAAUGAAGCUUUCUGUGCAUGGUGGAAUUAUAGUCUUUUGCGUCUCUAGUUGUACCGGAGGGUUUAAGACCUGUAAAAGUUUUACUCAGUAAGCCAGGAGGGUUCAAGGCAGUAGGAUUCUUUUUUAUAAAGAAAGUAGCGGUAAGCACGAUACAUUGCAGGUUGACCUGCUAUUCAGAAAUCGGAGGGUUUUAGAGGAAUCCAAUCACAGUAGACAAAAAUGCCAGGGAGUGACAUUUACGCGUCUUCAUCCUCUCCAUUGAAGCGAAAGAGUUUAAAAAUGGUGCCUGGACAGUCACUGAAGCGGGAGUACUCUUCGUCUUCGUCUGACGAUGAAGGUUUCAAUAGAAACAUCAAGACGAAACAGUGCCCGAAGAGAGUGAGAGUGAUCUGCACUGACCCUGACGCGACUGAUUCGUCAAGCGAUGAGGAAGACAAUUUCCGCUCUCUGCGAAAUUCGCAACGGAGACUUGUGCAGGAGAUUCAUAUGUCCAACGAGUUUGGUGCUGCCGACGAACUGUCGUCAGACAGCGAACUUGACGAACCUGAGGUCCCAAGUUACCACAGCGUCUUCAUCGCGAAGGCAAUGCAGUGCUCCGUCAGCUAUGCCAGCCCAGUUGACAGCGAGUCUAUGUUGGCCUCGUCCAGUUUUUAUGACAAACCGUGGCAAUCUAAAAAGAAAGCUCCCAAAGCGACGGAGAAGGUGACCAAGCUAGCUACUGCUGUCGAGCGACCUGUAACUGCAGUGAAUACUCCAAAAAGCAGUGUCGCGCCCUCGCAAGCGACCCGUAGUGUCUCAAUGUCUACCAGUAAACCCCGAGUGGGGUCAAAGCCUCAAGCAAAGGCAUCCUCAUUCUCGGCAAUCACCGACGGAAAGCCCCACAAAUACAGAGGAGUUAGACAAAGACCGUGGGGUAAGUGGGCGGCCGAGAUUCGGGAUCCCUCUAAGGGUGUCCGGCUAUGGUUGGGUACUUAUGAUACGGCGGAGCAGGCCGCGCAAGCGUAUGACAGGGCUGCUCGGGAGAUUCGGGGGCCGCAAGCUCACACGAAUUUCAGCUCCGAUGCCGAGGUGGAGCAGUACACCUCGACCACAUCUGGGUCUAAUGUCUCGCAGAAGAAAAGCGCUAAGAAGGAGGAACCUUUGAAAGAAUCGGCUGUUGUGAGGGAGCCAGCGACCAAACGUCAGGCUUCGACAAAGAAUUCGGUGUCCAAGCCAAUGUGCUCUGUGCAAGUUGAAAGAAUUAUUGCUGGAGAUGUAGAAGAGCAGUGUGUGUCGCGUGGCGAGGAUGAGGACAUGGAAAUGUUCGGCUCCUGCGACACCAUUGAGGAAGACAUCAUGAGCGAAGACAUCCUUUUCGACAAUUUGAACGAAGACUGUGGUUAUCUCAUGUGCUCGCCGUCUUCCUUGAGCUUGGACGAGUCCGAAGGAUCCCCAUGCUCCAGCCUCACGGCUUGCGAGCCAUCUUCUAGCGAUGUCGACGCCUCAGUGAAAAGCGAGGCCGACAGUUUUUCGACACCGGAAUACAUGACUCCGAAGCAAGUUGCCGCCGUAACCGAAAGUUUCUUUGCGAGCAGCUCAGAAAACUCUUCCGACUCAGAGUCCGACCUUUCUGACAGCCUCAACGAGACCAAUUGCCACAAGGAAGUGGAGAGCUGUUGCGACCUUGGCGAAGUCUUCUUAUCCGACGAUUUCUUGUUCGACUUCCCUGCUGGGGAUGUCACCAACACUGAGGGACUGGACUUCGCAGCCGGGUUGGAAUUUCUGGAGGGCGACAUUGGCGACCUCGCUUUCGGUUCUGAUCAGAACGAAAGUCUCGAAUGGUUGAAUGCCGCAGAUAUUCUUGUCACUUGAGCGCCUGGACUGUUGCAAUCUUGCCCAUACAUUCAUUCCCUCCCAAUUCUUUCAACCUUGCGGAACUUAGCGAUUGAUUGUCCUAGAACUGGGGGAUAUGAGGUAACAUUCACUGUGGGAGCCUCCCGGAGGUCGCUACCCGUCACCGUUUUUUGAACAUUCACAGUCGACCCGUGUCCCCCACCAAAUUUUGUAGCGUUACCUGCUGAGUUGGUUGAGGCAAACUGCCUCCCGUCUGCCAGGCAUCAGCAGGUUAGAUUGUGUAGUGUAGAAUUAAAAUCCCCAUGAGUUGAGUACACAUUUGCAGUCAUGCCCAGGCUUAAGAAUGUUAUAGAUUGGGAGUCAAGGCACAACCUUACUAGUCUCUCCCCUUUGUGUUGUACGAUAGAUACGAGAAACAUAAACGCCGGAUAAUAAAGCGCUCCCCUUCCUCACAA